GUUUAUUAACUACCGGACGUUAUUCUUUGACACCGGAAGUGUAUCUUCAGUCAUCGUUGGUGGACCAUCAAAGGUAACGUUAGUUGGCUAAUGUUUUGUGAACGUGAAAUUAGAUAACUAAUCAAUACUCUACAUAAGAAAUGCGACAAUUCAUUGAUCUCCAAAUACAACCAUUGCUGCUAUUUGGCUCACUAUUUCGUUUUGUCGUCGAAUUCCUGGCCAAACACACAAGACAGAGAUGGCUAGCUACCGUUGCAAGUGUGUUGUCAUUAGUGAGCUACGUAAGCUAGCUAGGCACACUUGAUUGAUUGCCAGUAACUAGCUAGCUAAAAAUCUUGACUCUACAGUUCACCAGUCUUCCGUUAGUUUUGAAAUGAUUAGUUAACAUGGUUGGGCCACUAUUCUAGCUGGCAAUGUACCAUUCAACAUCACAGCAUGUUCUCGACACAAGAAAGAUCUUCAAUGCAAAUAUGUCCUUGUCACUACCUGAACCAGUUUUUCCUGUUGUUGUUUAGAUGAGUGGUGAUACUAAUGGAAAUAAGGAGUUCCAUGAGCAGCUCCGGUUGCAGCAGCUGUAUGGCCAGAAACAGGGGGGCAGAGAUGACCCUUACACCUUCGUGGACCCAGAGGAUGGGACAGAGUAUGACUGGGACCAUGACAAGAAAGCAUGGUUUCCUAAAGUAUGUUACCUUCUCAUCUUCUGCCUAAAAUCGUACAUUUCUGUCAGUUUCUCUGAUCACCUUUUGUUGUGAGAAUAUUUUGUGUGAAGUAGUGCUUAGGGUAAUUCUGGUCUUCUCGUCCAGAUAACAGAGGACUUCCUUGCAGCGUAUCAAGCUAACUACGGCUUCACAAAGGAUGGGGAGCAUGAUCCAAAUGCUGCAUGUGCACCUGACACCGACACACCAGCCAAACCAGAGGAGGGGAAGAAAGCAGAGAAGAGCACAGACACGGAACAGUCCAAAGAGGUCAAAAAGGAGAAAGGAGAGAAGAGGAAGGCAGACGCAGGUACAGGAUGUUUUACAUCCAUGAAGUGAACAUGUGAUAAUCUCAAAGUGAUGUGUGUACUCAAAGGGACAUCCUUGUCUUUGCAGCCUGGUUUGAUGUGGAAACAGACAAGAAUACCAAUGUGUAUGUGUCAGGUAAGUCUCUCUUCUCUUUGUCACCAUCUAUGGAUAUGGCUACCAGACCUGGGUUCAAAUACUAUUUACUGUAUUUUAAAUACUUUCAAUUUUGAAAUACAUUUGGAAAGUAUUGGGAAUAAAUGUUAUCUGAGUUAAGGGUAUUUGAAAGAAAGUAUUAGAAAAUAUUUUCAAAUAGUAUUUUAUUUGAAGCAUUUGAAAAUACUUUGAAAUCCCAUUUGAUAUACAUUAUUUGAAGUAUUUGGAAGACAUUCAAAUACUUCAAAAAUAAGUAGUGGAUUUGGCCAGGGGAAAAUAUUCAAAUACACAGAAAAUAAGUGAAAUUCAAAUACCAUAAGUAUAUAAAAUACCAAUGUUUAAAUAAAUGUGUAUUUGAACCCAGGUCUGAUGGCAUUAUAAGCAUUUCGCCAUACACCCGCAAUAACAUCUGCUAAAUAUGUUUAUGUGACCAAUAAAAUGUGAUUUGAUUUGGCUACCAACCAUAGAGAUAAAUAGAGGACUCAUCUUUGUACCUGUGCCAUUAUAGCGUCUGUGACAGCAUGGGCAGCUCCAUUUUAAAGUAGUCCAUUUCUUCUUCAUUGGCUGAUUGCUCCCAACUCAUAGGAAUCCCCACCCAGUUGACUACUUUUAAAUGUUGUAAACCCUCAAUGGCAAUGUCCAUGCUAAAACUGAUUAUAUCAAUGGGGAGUCCUCUAGCUCUAUGCUGCCAACACAAUUGAAUGUAACUGUUAAGGCAGAAAUGCAUCAUUCAGGAAAGUUCCAACUGUCCUUUUAGUCAGGAAAGUUCUUUCCUAUUCCUCAGGUCUACCACCAGACAUCACCACGGAAGAGUUUGUUGAGCUCAUGUCUAAGUGUGGCAUUGUCAUGAGGGACCCUGUCUCUGAAGAGUACAAAGUCAAGCUCUACAGGGACGGCUAUGGGAACCAGAAGGGGGAUGGACUCUGCUGUUACUUAAAGGUCAGUGCUCUGGUGUGGAAUCAUUACUCCAAACAGAACGAAAACGAAAUGUUCUAUUGGAUAGAUUCAGGUAGGUCCCUCCCUGAUUGCUGAAUCUGUCCAAUAGAAACACUUGUUUUCUUGUUUGGAGUAAUGAUUCCACCCCUGGGCUUAGCGGUGUAAUGGUUGGUUGUGUGUGUGUGUGUGUGUGUGUGUGUCAGUCUUAUGAGGAGUGCAGUGGGGAUGAUUAGGGUUCUCAGUCAGUGUAAGAGGUACAUGGAUGUCUGUUGUGUUGUCUUUUUUUGUUGCAGAUUUUAUUAUUUGACAGAUAAAAUAUACACACACACACACAGUACAUACAAAAAAAACUUGACAGGGAUAACACAAAGUAAAUUCCAGAUUUCCAUUGUGGUCUAUGAAAGUAUGUGUGGUAAGAGUGUGUAGCGUCUCCAUUCAGUGUGCCCCUCCUCUCCCCCUCCCCUGCAGAAGGAGUCUGUAGCCCUGGCUGAGGGGCUGAUUGACGAGUCAGAGAUCAGGGGUUAUCAGCUCCAUGUGGAAGCUGCCAGGUUCGAGCUCAAGGGCCAGUACGACGCCAGUAAGAAGAAGAAGAAGAGCAAGGAUUACCGGAAGAGGAUGAAGGCCCAGCAGAAGUAUGGCCCCUCCUGCUAAAUUCUGGAAUUCGAAUUGGAGUAUCUCAGUGCUUUUGGCCAGUAGGUUUCCCUUUUGUGUGGCUCAUCUCUCACCAUUGGUCUGACUGACAGGCAGCUGGACUGGAGGCCAGAGAAGAAAGGGGAGGCACGCAUGAGGCAUGAACGUGUGCUCAUCAUCCAGAACAUGUUCCACCCCAGUGACUUUGAGGUGAGCAAAGACUUCUCUAUCUCUCUCUCUCUCAUACCUACAUCAACACGCAUGACCACAAAGAGCUGAUGUAAAUAUAUAGAUGACUGGUAUGAGGAGGACAGCAAAUAUCCCCAGAGCAAUGUGUUUUAGGGAGUUAGGCAUAAGCCUCUCUCCGUCAGAGAUCAGGAAUGGUUGGGUUCUAGUUUAACAUCCCAACACUCCGAAGCUCUUCUUUUCUUAUCUGUAGUAAACCCAUAUACUGUAUCUCUGUCCCACAGGAAGACCCCCUUGUGUUAAACGAGUACCAGGACGACCUGCGGACAGAAUGUGAGAAAUUUGGUCAGGUGAAGAAGGUCAUUGUUUUCGACGUAAGUGUCUGCUAAUGUGAAUAGGCUAACCUCAUUUCUGUCUCACUGGCAUAAACAAAAUAGCACACUCCAAAAUCCGAAACAUGUCCUCCAUAAGGUAGCAUUUGGGAACCAUCGAGUUAUAUACAGUUAACUGCCAAAAUAAAGGAAACACCAACAUAAAGUGUCUUAAUAGGGCGUUGGGCCACCACAAGCCAGAACAGCUUCAAUGCACCUUGGCAUACAUUCUACAAGUGUCUGGAACUCUAUUGGAGGGAUGUGACAUCCUUCUUGCAUGAGAAUUUCUAUUAUUUUGGUGUUUUGUUGAUGAUGGUGUAAAAUGCUGUCUCAGGCACUGCUCCAGAAUCUCCCAUAAGUGUUCAAUUGGGUUGAGAUCUGGUGACAGAGACACAUCCACACUCCCUUUAAACCCCCUAUGCUCACACGAGACCCCUCUUUCAAAGUCACUGACAUCUCUUCUAGCCAUGGUAGUCAAAAUAAUGAGCAUCUGGGCAUUUUUCAAGAUGCACGUUCUAUUGUCACGUGCACAAGUACAGUGAAAUGCCUUUCUUGCAAGCUCUUUCCCAACAAUGCAGUCAUUUUUAUACAUGACCCAAGCAUGAUGGGAUGUUAAUUGCUUAAUUAACUCAGGAUCCCUAAUUUACUCCAGUGUUUCCUUUAUUUUGGCUGUUACCUGUAUAUCUUCAGUGUCCUGACAGUAGCCAUGUUUCCAUCCUGCCAUUUUUAUGCAAUGAAAUACCUGACUCACAACAGGUGUGAUGGAAACAGCUAAUUGUUGUUAAACUUUCCUAACUGUUGACAACACAAAAUACAAUCUACAAGGGUGAAUAUUUAUUUAGCUGUUGACAAAGAUAAAUACAAAUUAUUCCUCUAAUCCAUAAUCUCAUGUAGGUUACCACGUAAAACAUUUGAUAGAAACAUGCAAUAGUUUAUUUAAAAUACAAUAGAAUCCCUUCAAAACGUUUUAUAUCCAAUAAAGCAAAGUUUAUGCGACAGUGUUUUGCCAAAUGUGACAUCACUCUGCACUGGUGGUUUAUUCAAGCCAGUUUGAUGGAAACACCUCUGGUGGGAAAAUGUGCAUAUUUCUUAAGGAGGGAAACCUAGCUAGUGACAUGCUCCUAUUUCUUCCAUAGAGACAUCCUGAUGGAGUGGCCUCGGUGGCCUUCAAAGAGUCAGAGGAUGCAGACGUGUGUCAGAUAGCAUUGGACGGCCGCUGGUUUGGGGGCAAGAAGUUAUCAGCACAGCUGUGGGAUGGAUCCACUGACUACCAGGUAAGAACCAUGCUGUUGCCACAUUAGAAGCAGAAAGGACCCAAAUGUCAGCACAGACCGGGCUCAUUAAUGUUUAAAAAAAACAUUUGUUAAACUAUUUUUAAUAUUGAAUAUACGGAACCGUUGGGUAGGGCUUGCAAGUUAAGCAUUUCACUGUACAUGUGACAAAUAAAACUUGAACGAGGCAGUGACAGGAGCCUGACCAGGAGUCAAAUGAAAGACUACACUAUCACAUUAAAGAUUAGAGAGGCUUAACACAUCUUAAACUGUUUCUGGAGCAUAGCAACCACCUCUGUUAAUGUACCAUAGUGAAUAUAACUGUGUUGACGUCUUUCUGUCUAUAGGUGGAGGAAACCACUAGGGAACGAGAAGAGAGGCUGAAGGGCUGGGCAGCCUACCUGGAGGGAGGGAGCAAGGGGCCUGCACCGCUGGGGGCACCGCCUGGAAGUACAGAGGGACCAGAUAAACCAACCACAGAGUCAUCGUUCAUCAAGGCAGAGGGACCUGUGACGGAGACCUCCAACUCUCAGAGCCAGGAAGCAGGGGUGAAGGUAGCAGAAGACCCAGGGGUGGAACCAGAGACCUCUGAGGACUCAGCAGUAGGUUCCACUGACAGCAGCCUGACAGGAAGUGAUGAAGAGGACACGUAGAGAGAUGUCUGUCUACGUCACCCUCUGUUCAGCGUAUAAAAAGGACAGUCUGCUAAACUGCCCCACACCUCCCUGUUUGAUUGGUGGAAAGUGACACAUUGAGGAAUUGGACUGUUGGCAUGGAAGUACUCGGUUCUUGAAUACUUGGCGAUUAAUUAAAAAAAAAAGUGAUUGAUAUAUUUAAUUAUUUCCCUUCAAAAACACCAAUACAUUUGCAACAUCGCUUUAAUGUAUUUUAUACUACAUUUGUGUAAUGAACUAAAUUAUCUUGGUCUUGAUGUGAAUCAUCUGGAAUGGAUACUCCGUUAGGGACCAAGCCUUGGAGAAGUGUUCAACUGAAAGGGUUUACAUCCAGGUUUCUCAUUGGCUCUCUCGUAGUGGACUCGAUUUCAACCUUAAAGCUGAAACUCAAGUGUCUGUCUUGUCAUAUGAUUUGUUUUGAGAUGGAAAAUCAAUUUGACAAUUUUACCAAUGGCAACCAUGCAUGGUAUUGUUUAAUCUUUCACCUGUAUUAUUGGUUGCUGUGUAGUUAAUGCCAUAGGGCAGCAGAUUUGUUUUGUUUGUGUGAAAAAGUAACCAUACAUUAGAUUCACUGGGCACAGAUGUCUAUUCCACGUUGGUUCAA